GUCAUUCACCUCUUAGAGACAUUAUUGCGAAGUAAUCCUCUAUAGACCAUGUAGGUACCUACCAAGAUGUGUUCAUGGAAAAUAUGUAAAAGAAAAUAAGUUUGAGCGGGGAUAGUUUUCCAUUGACUGCACUACUUGUGGUCCAACAUCUUCCAUCUUACUUGACGUCUUAGUUUCGUAGUGAGAGGAAGCCAUUGUUUAGUUUCGAGCAAAAUUUUGACGGUUGCUUUUUUGGCAAUCGGAUAGCUUUACAUUUCAAGUUGUUUUCAUGUCAAAUAGUCGUGGUGAGAAUGGUGAAAUUUUUGUGGUUGAUUUUGUUGUUUGCGCAGACGAUUUUGGCUAGUGACAACGAAUUACCCGUUUCUGAUACUGAAAAGUCGUUAAGAUAUCUUCCCUUAUACGAAGUGAAGAGGUACGACAGGCCUAUUGGAGGUGGUCUUCCUCCUUUAACAUCUGUUCCUGUGGCCGGUGAGAGAUGCUCGGCUCGCCUCGAGUCGGCUUUGGAUCAGUUGAAACGACGAAAAAGAAAUCAACCAAAGAGUUUAGAUAUGCCAAUGAGUCAAAGUAUUGAUCUCAACGGCUACAGCUUGUACCAAGCGAUGAGAAGCGCGCCAGUUGAUAUGUAUGUAACAAGAAUGCGAGUUCGUCUUCCACAGAACAGCAAUUGGGUUAGAGUCGAGAAGUGUUACUUCGAUCCAAGGAACGUAUCUCUAGACACCAUGCUUCUGUUCCACGACCUGACAAUUAGCGGAAAUGUCGAUUUAUAUGAGGUCAAUGAACUUGACAGAACUAUACCACCUAGUCGGAGGUUAAGGAGGAAUCACGCUGAUGUAAAAUAUGAUAACGGCUACUCAAAAUCAAGAGGAGCAAAUGGAUGUAACAUGAUACUAAGGUUAAGAAAAGCUGGAAUCGGUUUCCACACACGGCCUCUCAACCAACAGCCAGGAAAGUUCAACGUGAAAACUGAUUCAGAAUUCGUGGAGCCUGGUUUCAUCAGCGUGUAUGCUUACGGUUGUGAGAAAUAUAUUAACAAAAAUGGAGUGAGAAAUAAAGACAACCUACCAUUGAGACGAAGGAAGAGAUCUGAUGAGUUCACCUUCGAACCGGGUUUAGAAACAUCUUCAGAAGACGACAAAAUGGAUGCGAGAUCAUCCGAUAAUUGGGAUAUUGUUUAUGAACCGAGCGAUAAUAGACUCAAUUACGAAAGGAGUAAGUUAUUCCGACCAGAAGACAAUUUGGAUGAAAUGGAAGACAUUUCACGUGAAAUGGAAGAUAUAUUUACGAAGGGUAUCCGUACAUUACUAACGACGUACAUGAAGAAAGAGCUACAACCAGCUAUUAAAGACACUUUAAUGAGAAACAUGGGUUACGUUAUAUCAUAUGGUUGAAUGUGUGCUUAAAAAAAAUUUCCUUAGUGUAAAUCCGCCCUAAAUAAUGUGAAAAUAAAUUUA